CCCCGGCCCGGGUCCGCGCCUGCGCUCCUCGGAGGCGGGCUCAGUGGCGGCCGCUGCGACUGGUGAGAUAAAAAAUCGAGGGAAGCUUUGUCUGCCGACGCUUGCUGCAGUAGCGAUUUUUAACCUUGACGUGAGGAGCUGUUAAACGGGAAACGUCAGAUACAAACGCUCACUUUUUGUUUUAUUCUCACCACGGAAUCCGCAAGUAAAAAGCACAGCCAGACGCGCAGAGCUUUGCCGGUAGUGGCCCUUCGGUAUUUUUCAAACACUAACGGGGGUUGGGGUGGAAGGGUGUUGCAUCCAUUUCAGUAAAAGAUUUCUCAAAACUUUUUAGUUUAAACUUAAAAAAAAUAAUCAAGCCAGCAUAGUGUAGAUGCCGCAUUUAUGAAACACCUGACCUGACGAGAGAUGUCCAUGAAGCAAAUCAGUAAUUAAACCUUAUCAUUAGCCUACUUAGGAAAAGAAAAAUGAAAGAACCAGCCUAUUUAAUCCGCACAACAGCCCUAUUAGGCAGACCUUAAUAGCCUUAUUUGCAGAUUUUAAAGAGGUUAAGCAAUGAUCUGAACUUUAGCCGGGGUAGUAUUUUAAGUCCUGUACUCCUGACACUUAGAUGUGAUUUGCCUCUAUGACAGGCUCCAUAGAAUGAAAGGAAAUUAGAAACGACAGAAUGGGUCAACUACCAGAAUUCCCUCAUUUUACAGAGUAGGACUCGACAUGCCAGAAUUGUGGUUUAUCCAGGGUAACACUGAACUCAUGAAAGUGCUUCCAGUCUAUUAGAAAUGACCCUCAAAAAAGCAAGUCCUUAAUGAGAAAAUCAUUUGUACUGCAUUUAAAGAGAGUUAUUUUAGAAGUUAUUUGAAAAAGAUACUGUAAAGGAUUUUAGUCUAGAAGAAUUCAAAUGCUAAUAACAGUGUGAAUAAAAUGAGUUAAGGUGUAAAAAACAUUUCUGCAAAAAGUUGCUGUCCUGUUUGAAUAAUACAACAAAUUCUUAAGCUAUUUACAUAAAAUGUACACUGAGCACUCAUGGCUAUAACUUCUACAUGAAACAAAAUGAAUUGCUACAUUCAACUUAUAGUGGUUAAAUUAAGAUUUAGUGUUCAAGGCAACACAUGAAAGGUUCGUAAUCUCUAAAUUAUCUAUGAUGGAGGAAAACAGGCAUGUAGAUAAUUUGUUCAGUAGAAAAUACAAAAAAAUCAUUUAUACUACUUUUCAGGACAAAUAAUGAGUCUUCACAAAAUCUUUAGUUCAUUUUAAACUUUGUGAUCUUGGGUUUAUAUGUAUCAGUCCCCUGCUGAAAGGGCUCCUUACAUUCCUUUGUUUAAUAGAUGGACCCUAGCUAGCAUAUCCGGGUGUCUCUCUACCCUCAUUUAUUAGCUGACUCCUGUUAUUUCCCAUUUAAGAACAAGCCCCUGCUCACCUUGGCAUUCCUUUCCCAACAUGAUACUACACCCUGCAAUACCACACUCCACUCCCAUUUGUAAUAAAACUUAAUAAAACUCUGUAUUAUAAUUGUUUUACUUGUCUCUCCUCAUUAUUAUAAACCUCUGGAGAGCAAGACCAUUUUGUGCUUGUUUGCUCUGCAUUCAUGGGAUAUUCUUUACACAUGUUAUAUGACAUAAUGUAUACUUAGAAAAUAGUUCUUGAAUGACUAAAAAGAAAAUGAAGCACUAAGUGAAUAAACUAUUAGUUCAACUAUAUUACAGAUUAUGCAUAGUUUUAUGAUCCCAAAUUUUCAUAUGUGAAAGUAUAACCCUCAUUUUGGUAUUGUUUUCAUAGAAAAAUGUUUUAAAAUUCUAAGCAGUAUUUACUCAACCAUCCAACAUUUACUAAGCAUCCCCUAUCACUGUUCAUUUUUAAAUAGCACUUAAUAUACUGUGUAAUUGUUUUCUGGUUUGUGUCCCCUCCCCAUAGGCUGUAAGCUCCAAGAUUUGCAUACUUUUAAUUAUAUUUUUUCAGUAAGUGUAUAAUGGAUGCUUCAAGCAUGUUGCUAGGCACCAGAAAUAGAACAUGAGUAAAACUUAAGCACUGUGGUGAGCAGUCUCCUACAGAAUUGACUGAUACACAGUAUGUGUCGUGAUGAGACGUACACAUGAUGCAACGGAGUUAAGAAACGAAGUACUGUUUAUUUUACUUGAGGAAUUCUGGAAGGAUUUCAUAGUGGAAGUGACAAAUCUUAAACAAUGGUUGAAGGGAGAGCCUUGCAGUCUCACCAGAGUGCAGCAGGCAGAAGAUGUAACUGUGAUGAAAGAUUCUAGAAGAGUGGAAAACGCUUAUCACGUGGAAGCAGAGGUCUGCAUUACAUUUACUGAAUUUGGGAAAAUGCAAAAUAUCUGUAACUUCCUUGUUGAAAAGCUAGACAGCUCUGUUGUCAUCAGCCAGCCCCAGUUCUAUCAUACUCCAGGUUCUGUUGAGAACCUUCGGCCUGUCUUGUCGCUGUCGAGAAUGCACAGCGCAAAGCUCAAGAAGUCUGUAACCUCGUCGGCCAAACGCUAGGAAUGCCUUUAUUGAUCAAGGAGGAAGAGACCAGAGAAUGGGAAGGCCACACAGACGAGCA